AUGUUUGGCGUAUCGGGCUCGGCUGCAUCGAUUUUUGCAGAGCUGGAGCCAUCUCUACCCGUCACUGAGCAAAACCUGGCAGACCGAGUUCGGUACAUCCUGCGCUCCAACAUAUUUGGUGACGCCGAACUGAAACGAGUACGACGUAAGGCUGUUCCCUCAUCGAAUGGAAAUGCUACGGCUGGGAAUGCGGCGCCACUAGAUGCGCAGCAAACUGCAUAUGUGGAUGCUGCCGUCAAUAUUCCAUUUGUGUUUAAUUCAGACGAUGAUGGAAUAGUCUCCCACGAACUAGAGAAAAUGAGGAGCAUAUUGGAAGAGUCGAUGCUGGAAACGCGCAGCAUGCCUCUCGAAAAUCGACCGCGACUUCCCCGCAUUCCCCUUAGCACGCGAAAUCGGGCUGUCGUGCGGGCUCUUAACCCAAUGCUGGUGACCUAUUUGGAAGCCAGCCGGGACCAUUGCGAGAUGGACUCAAUUCUUUUUGGCGCUGCACUGGCAGUAUGCCGUAUUAUUGGCGCCAAACUUCCCAUGGCUGGACGUGCUACUCAAAAAAUAGCGCCAUCCCAGCCUGGAGAAAAAGAAUCGAGGACCGUAUCGCAAAGACAAGGGCCCAUAUCGGCAGACUGA